UGUUGGCUGUUCAUUGGUCGCGAAGGAGGAAGAUGCGACGGCCAUGGAGAAUAGGUUGGGGACUCCUCAAACCGUCCUGUUGAAGUGAUUGAUGUAGUUGCAUUAUUUUCAUGCGCUGACUCGUCGCGGUAUGUAAUGUGAGGCACUUUUAUUUGUACCCGCUGCUCGGUUUUGGUGGGGUUUUCUUUUCUUGCGUUUGUGUUGGAUCGGUCUGGUUGAUGUGAUGUCGGGCCCGUCGCUCUGCCUUGUAGGUGAAGUCACUCCCUAGUAAUGUAGCUUCGGGUUAUAACAACUGUUAGAGCGAUCACUGAAGGUGUUGCUGUGUGAACAAUGCACAAGCGAUGUCUGAUGUUGAGGCCACGUAUGCAGACUUCAUUGCUUCUGGCAGGACAGGACGGAGGAACGCCCUGCACGACAUCCUGCAGAGUCCCACCGACCCCGAGGGACGAGAGCUGCCCCUCACCCUGUCUCUGUCCCAGCUGCACAUCAACGCAGGAGGGGGAGAGGGAGACGACACAGAGGACAGCCAGAGCUCCUCCUCCUCAGCACAGAGGGAGGCAGAGCAGAGGAACAGCUAACCUGUAUGUGUGAUGUGUGCGUUACGUGUGAUGAAUCUGUUUGUCCAAAGUGGGCUGGUAGCCGCAGGGUAGCACCACCACAGCUGUGGUGCCUAUAAGCAGUGCAUUGACACCCAAAAUCCACUGUAGAGGUGCUGUGCUGUGAUGUGAUCAUCCAGUGGUCUCAUGUACCUGUGGCUCUUCUGUGUAAUAGAAAAACAGACUGAUUGCAGGGGGUUUUUCAGAGCCAGUGUAAGCAGGAAGACACAUUUGUAACUCUUGUAAAGCUGAUUUUACUUUCAGUCUUAGUUACUAAACACACAGGUUGGACGACUGGAAUGAAAAGAAAAAAUAGACAAAGAUCCUAUGUGAGUUUUGUAGUAGUGUAAGCAAUUUGUAAGACCACUGAGACGUGCUGAUGUAAUGGGUCACAGUGGGAGUAGCAUGUUUGUAGAGGUAGUGAUGCUGAUAGAGAUUAUAUUGCCAGUUAAUGGCUUGUGCUUCCUUUAAAUUGACACUGCUGUAGAGGGAAUUGGACUACUCAGCUGUAGUGGCUGGAAAA